CCCCUCUUCGCCGGAGCGCAGCGCGUCAGUCCACGCCACCCCGCCCCGACAGAGACCAUGAAGCUGUAUUCGUUCUUCAUGAGCUCGUGCGCGUGGCGCGUGCGGGUAGUGCUGCAGGCCAAGGGUGUGGAGCACGAAUACGUGGCGGUGAACUUGCUGACACAGGAGCAGCGUGACGCGGCGUUCCUGCGGGUGAACCCGCUCGGCCAGGUGCCCGUUCUCGUGGACGGCGACCUCGUGCUGACGCAGUCGCUGGCGAUGCUCGAAUACCUGGAGGAGAAGUACCCGACGCCGGCGCUGCUGCCCAGCGAGACGGCGCAGCGCGCCCAGGUCCGCAACAUCUGCGAGAUGAUCAACUCGGGCAUGCAGCCGGUGCAGUCGGGCGCCUUCCGCCGGCUGAACGAGAUCGGCGGCGAGGGCGCCGGCCUCGCCUGGGGUCGCGAGGCGAUCGAGCGCGGCUUCGAGGCGCUGGAGGCCGUGCUGGCCUGCUGCGCCGGCCGCUGCUGCGUCGGCGACCGGCUGAGCCUGGCCGACUGUUGCCUGGUACCGCAGGUGUUCAACGCGCGCCGCCGCUUCGGCGUCGACGUCAGUCGCUUCCCCACCAUCAGUCGGCUGCAGGAUGCGCUGCUGCAGCGGCCCGAAUUCGUUGCCUCCCACCCGGCUCGGAUGCCAGACUGCCCGGCCGGCUUCUCGGCGGACGCGCCUGGCCAAGGUCGUGCGGCGGCCACGGCGGCAGCGCAGUGAACGAGAAUGAGUGGCGGCGACAGGAACGGCGUGUGCGGUGAAGCCCCCCGCAGCAGCGACGGGGACGAGGCUAGCUGACAUGAGUGAUGCCCACAGUUGUUGUUGGUGUUUGGAACAGUUGUGACCAGUUGUCCCCAUAGUUAGUGUAGUGAACGACGAGAUUGGAGGCAUGUUGUGUCCGUGGUGUAGCCCUCGGGCCAGCGACUGUGAACGCCGCUGGUGGCCUCUGCCCGCACAGCGCCGCGCCCUGCAGCCAGCCGGGCGUGCGCCACCGGCAGCAAUAGGAAGCGUGCGGUGCAGGGA